UGUACACAGACAUUUCCCGGUUGGUUUCGGUGGAUCUAUAACCGCGGUGGUGGCGCAAAACUGGAUUUUAAUUCGAGCUGCUUUUGCACUGGAUUUAAACAGCAGAGCUUUGAAGAGUUCUUCAUUCAGUAGAGGUUUAAACCGGCUGGAGUUUUAACCUGAAGAGAGCUGAAGACAGAAGACCUGAUUACUUGUGACUGAAAUGGGAUUUUGGAGUGGACCGUGACCGCUUUUAAUUUCUUUUUUAAAAAGCCGCCUUAACAGAUCACACCAAGUGAAACCGGCCUCGGGAUUUUCUUCCCUAUAAUUUAGUCUGUGUUCCGAGUUCCUCCAGAAAUGGUGGGCCACCUGCACUUACAGUCUAUGGAGGAGAGUCUGAAAGGGAAGAGCCGAGAAGGGCUCCUCGACAGUCCCGAUUCCGGCCUCCCGCCCAGCCCGAGCCCGCCCUUCUGCCCACUUUCACCCACCGCUAUUGAACAUCAUGGCUACUGGAGAAAAGAAAGUCGGGAGGGCAAAUUGCUUCCAUAUCUGCUGCUAAACUCUCAGGGGGGCGAUGUCAGAUCACGCAUGCAGCCCGUGGUGUUUGGUGAGAGCAUCGAGGUGAACCCCAAACCCACCACACAGAUCAGAUUCAGCUCGGAGGUGAAGUACGAUUCACAUCGGCACUACCGCGAUGAAGUGUACUGCGCUCGUGUUCCCACAGUAACCAACUACAGCGAGACGGUGGUGGCACUGCAGAACCGGACGUGGCGCAGCUACAAGUCGGAAGUUCACUUCGAGCCACGGCAUCGACCCAUUCACUUCCAGAGUACGGCCAUCGUCUACCCCAAACUCACGCGCAACAUCUACCGCACCACACUGAGCUAUGACGCUAACGGAGCGGGUAGCCGCAGAUUUGUUUCGACGGUGAGACUGGAGUCCAGCGAAGACGCCAGUCCCUGCAUCAUCUACUCUGAAGAUCUGUGAGAUCCUCACACCACACUGAGAGACCCGUGUACAGAUUUACCUCUUUUACAGCACCGAGACUCGACCACCAAGAGGCUUUCAGAAAGAAUCCCGACAGACUUUAUUUAAACAAUGUAAGAGGGGGGUCAUAUUAACCUCGUUUUGACUCUGGGGAGGUAGAUGCUUUACGGUAGGUGAGUGAUGAAAUCAGUUUUAAAAUCGUAGCAGUUUUGUUUUCAUUUAAACUUGAUACCAGUGGGGAGGUGGUUCAUACCUUCAUUCUUCUGUCUGUUUACUUUUGGUGACACUCCGUUA